AGAAAGAGAGACAGAGAGAGAGAGAGAAGGAGGAGAGAGGGAAAGAACGAUUUCCUCUUUCCCUCUCUGAGGGUGGGGCUGCUCCAGAGUUCAGGGAAGCAGUCAGCUCUGUGAGCUUGGCUGUGUGUGUGUGUUCAUGUGUGGGGGGCGGGCACGGUGUCCCAGGAGGACAGAGUUUGCAUUGAUGAAAACCCUCCCCAGCCCUUUGAUGCCUCGUUCCCUCUGCCCUGAAGUUGAGCAGCUCAGUCCUCGGUGCCUCCCGCCCGCUGGCCACGCUCGCCCCCCGGCCAGGAUGGCGUCCUGUCUGGCCCUGCGCAUGGCGCUGCUGCUCCUCUGUGGGGUCCUGGCCCCUGCGGUGCUCACAGCCGAGGGCCCGCAGGAGCCCGCGCCCACCCUGUGGAACGAGCCCGCCGAGCUGCCGUCGGGAGAAGACCCCGUGGAGAGCACCAGCCCCGCCUGGGAGCCGGCGGUCAGCGGCCCGCCGGCGCCCACCGCCACGCCGAGCCCCGAGGACAGCACCGCGCAGGAGCGCCUGGACCAGGGCGGGGGCUCGCUGGGGCCCGGCGCCAUCGCCGCCAUCGUCAUCGCCGCCCUGCUGGCCACCUGCGUGGUGUUGGCGCUCGUGGUGGUCGCGCUGAGAAAGUUUUCCGCCUCCUGAAGCGAAUAAAGGGGCCGCGGUGCGGCUCGGCGGCACCCCAGGUGCGCGCCCCCCGA